AUGCCCACCCUGCCCAGCCUCAGCGAUGGCCUGGGCUCCUCCUUCCACCGGCGGGCAGCUGAAUGUGUCUCCAGGCCUUGGAAAACCAGUGGUCAACCACCAGCAAUGUGCUUCUGGCCCCGAAACACUGAGUGCCGCAUCCAGGAGGGUCCUGAUGCAGAGGACAACUCGCCUAUUAUGUCCUUAGCCGAUCAAGAUGUCACCGUUGUUCCUGCAUCUCUCCAGUCACCCUCUAACGUCAACCAAUCCAAGGACUUCGCUCGCUGCCUGCCACCUCACCUGUCCCUGUACAUCCUGGGGCUUUUGGAUCAAAAAUCCCUCAAUGCGUGUGCUGCUGUGUCUAGAUGCUGGGCUUUUCUGGCCAAAGAAGUCAAGAGGGAACGCAUGUGUCAAAGCACAGUACAGGAGAAGAUCCUGUAUUUGCAGGGGUUGUGCCCUAGAGGAGCAGUUUCAAACUAUGCUAAAGAAGUCCAUGUGACAAUUCCGCAGUUAAAUGAAGAGGGUGAUGUCAUCGAAGUGAAAGGCCACAAUGGGGGAAGUAAAACGAAGGAGGAGGAAGACAAUCUGCAGGCAGCCUAUCGUGAUCUGCAAACUGACACGAUUCAGCUGGAAGAGAGAAAUGUCUUCUGCGGCUCCUACAAUAUUCGUGUCCUCACAGAUCAAUCAGACCGAAGCAGAGUAAUCCAUUACAGUGGUGGAAACUUGGUAGCCAUCGGCUCAGCAGACCGAAAAGUGAGGUUUCUUGGUACAUCGGGAAUGAAAGAAGUGCCACCUCUGCUUUCUGGCCACGCUGGGAGCAUCAAAGCACUCUUCCUCAAUGAGAAGAAGGGGUUCGUUCUCAGUGCAAGCUUUGAUCUCAGCAUCAGAUGCUGGAAUAUAUACAGCGGUGCUUGUGUGAAAAUCUUUAAUGGUCACUGUGGGACAAUCACCUGCUUGGAUUUGCAUGAAGAGCAGUUUGUGUCAGGAGCCAGAGAUGGGAUGGUGAAAGUGUGGAACCUGGAGAGUGGGAAAUGUCUCAAGACUCUGAAGCACAACAGUGCUGUUUGGGUAGUUAAAAUGGAUGGCACCCGUGUUGUCAGCGGGUGUGACCGAGGGCUGGUGAAAGUCUGGUGUGCUGAUAAGGGCACUCUGAUCAAAACAUUAGAGGGGCACCAAGGCCCAGUUAAGUGCUUGUCUUUCGAUCAGUGGCACCUGGUGACAGGAAGCACCGAUGGAUACGCCCUGGGAUGGAGCAUGUUGGGAAGCCUCAAGAGAUGCCUAAUAGCUUACCGCCACCCUAAGGAAGUUCUGUCUCUGGAGUUCCUCUAUCUCAGAGUCAUCAGCGGCUGUGCUGAUGGAAAGAUUCGUAUAUUUAACUACCUGACUGGAAGCUGCCUGAAAGUGUUGAUGGCCAACAGCAGAGGGGACCCCGUAUCUUCUUUCUAUGUUGGAGAAAACAGGAUGGUGAUCAAUUCACCAACUAGUCUAUUGAUGUUCCAGUUUGAGGAUGUCAGGUGGGACUAUACCUUAGACGCUGACCGAGAGGUGGUGGGCAAGAAAAGACAGCGCAACGGGACUUCAAGCAGAACACCGCUUCACCUUCGGCGGACGAGACGCCACGACCUCAGCCAGAUGCAUCGACUUGCUCUGGAGACACGAGCUUGCCAGCAACAGCAGCAUUUUCUCAAGGUCGAAAAGACUUUUCGUAUUCAGGCAGAGCAGCAGAAAAAGCUUUUCAUUCCUGGCACCAAACAGUCCCACGCCUCUGCCUCGGAAAAGUCAGCGAGAGCACGUUCUGCAAGAAUGCUGGCAGAUACUGAUGGCAAAUCUGAACACGGGCCUUCUCUCUAUGUACCUGCACGUCCUGACAGGGCAGAAGCCACUUCGCAGCAUGAAAAGAGAAGAGGCCCAAGUUGUCCAAUGUCCCCCGACAAGUUCCUCUUAACUGUCAGCAUGCUGCAGAACGCCUGCAGGUCAGCCCUAGCCAGCUCCGGUAUUAAGCAUGCUGCGAAAGUCAGGGAAGCAUGGGAACCUCCAUGGGAACAUCAGCAACGCCGCCCCAAAAAGGUACAAAUACACAAACCCCCUCUGCAAUGCAAAAACGAUCAGGCAGCCCAGCUCCAACGUGUGAGAUUGCACAGCGAUUCUCUGACUGUGAAAAGAAUUUCUAUACCCUUUGAAACCAAAAUGCUGCGGCUCAAGCUGAAAAACUCUUUGCAUGGACCCGCUGUGAAUUCCUCCAUCCCCGCUCCCUCUGUUGUACGUCCCAAGACUUGUUGUGGUUUGCUGCGAGAAAAGAAAGCUCACAGCGGUCAUGGUAAAGCUCUUCCUCUCACCGAAGACGGGGUUCAGCUUAUCGAUCCCUUUACAGCUUCUUCUGACCUGAUCAAAUCAACGCGUGUGAUGAUUGCACAAAUGAAGAAUGAAGCGGUUCCCAGGAGAAAAAAGCCCUUUUGUCCGUAUGCUGCAGACCCUUCCCGGAGUGACAGUGGCUUCAGGCUUCUGACAGCAAAACAGAAGGAGGUACAUGAGGCAGCCACUGUAGCUCAGUAUCAGGCACACCAGGCAAAGCUCACAGAAGAUCAGCAAAGAGCACGCAAGAAGGCCUGGUUAAGGAAAAUUAAAGGCCUACCUAUAGACUCUUUUACUGAGGAGGGGAAAAUAGCUGCUCCUGAGCUUGGGCUUAAUACAUUUAUCUAA